AAGGGAAAGGAAGGGCAGGGCGGGGAAUGGAGAAGAGGUGAGGCUAUUCUCCUGGGGCCUGCCCCCUGUUUCACGCCGAGGGCCGCUAUGGGGAUCUGCGCUCGGCGGAGCUGCGCCGCUGCCCCGAAAGUUCCUCCUUCGCAGGAGCUGCGCCCUCCAGUGUCCGCGCCGCAGCAGCGCCAGGCACACAUCCCAGCUCUUAGGCUACUGGGAGAUAAACAACUAGAUUCUCUGCAUUGAAGGAGAACGGAAACCACUGCAGAGGUCAUCUGCCCUUUCAAGUGGUGUGGGACAGCAAUUUCUAUGCAGACAACCGCCUGAGGCUUUGAACUUACUAGGAUCUGUGAUUGUGCCCUUCUAAGAUGGCUCUUUCAAACCUCACCCAACCAGAAUAUCUUCCACAGCCCACUGACCCCAGUGUUGGCCUGCAGGGCCUGUUUGCUAUGGUGCAUUCUUUUCUGGGGUUAGUGCAACCCAACAGUUUCCCAGAUUUUCUGUCUCGUCUGAUCAAGCGUGAGACCGACUUUUCAAAUCCAGACUUUUACAAAGAGGUGCUCGUGUAUCAGGCAGGAUUUCUGGUUUGCAUCAUCAUUGGCGUGCUCUUCAUCAUCCUCAUGCCCCUGGUGGGCUUGUGCUUCUGCUGCUGUCGCUGCUGUGGGAACUGUGGGGGCCGCAUGUACCAGAAGCAGAAGAAACACACUGGGUGCCAGAGACGGACAUUUUUUGCAUCUGUGCUGGUUGUUACUAUUAUUAUUCUGGCUGGAGACAUCUGUGCCUAUGUCAGCAACAACCGCAUGUCCCAGAGCGUAGAUAAAAGUUUUAGUGCUUUCAAUAGUACCAUGGACAACUUGCACAUUUUCUUGGGCUCCAUCCCCAAGGAGGUUGAUUUCAUCAUCAAUUCCAGCUUAGUGCCAAUACAACAAACCAAUGCCAGCUUGCUGGACAUCGGGGAAGUUUUGGGGGGUAAGAUUGUGGACCAGCUGAGUGGGGAAGCACACUCAGUGCUGAACAUGGCUGCACAGCUUUUGAAAGUGAUUGGUAUUUCAAAACAGGAAUUCCAGAAUGUCAACAGCUCAGUCAGUCAUUUGAAAAAGCUGAAGGAGGAACUGAACGGCAAACUGGACACGCUGAGGGACGAUAUCAAUCAUACUUUGAAUAAGUGUGGUGAACCUUGCCAGGAUGUUUCAGUACAAGGACUGGUUAUCAUGGUUGAUUUCAAUGAGAUUCCUGAUGUUCAGCAGCAACUUAAUCUGAUAACUAAUGUGACACGUUUGAACCCCAAUGGCACAUUAGCAGAGGCAAAAAAAGACCUGAAUAAGAUACCAGAAAAUGUUUCAAAGCAAGCAAAGAAUGUGGUAUCCAAAGGCCAGGCUGAUCUGGACAGAAUCAAGAAGGAGAUUGUAAAACUCCACAUCAACAUCCCUGUACUGGACACGCUGGGGAAUGUCUCUGAGUCUCUGGGCGACGUGACCAAGGAGGCCAGUAAUUAUGAGCCAGAUAUCAAAACCUACGAUCGCUAUAGGUGGAUUGUUGGCAUCUGUCUCUGCUGUAUGGUGCUCCUAAUAAUUGUACUCAAUGCACUGGGCCUGCUAUGUGGUGCCUUUGGGCUAGACUCGCGGGCUUCACCCACCAAACGGGGCUGCCUCUCCAACUCUGGAGGAGACUUCCUAAUGGCGAGUGUUGGGUUCAGCUUUAUUUUUGCGUGGCUUCUGAUGCUGCUGGUUCUGCUGACAUUUUUAGUAGGGGGCAAUGUAUACGCGCUGAUGUGCCGUCCCUGGGCCAGUGGACAGCUUCUCCCGUUCCUAGAUACACCAGGGCUCUUCCAAGAACUCAACCUGACAAACACUUUGGGAAUAAAGGAUUCUAAUGUGACUCUGACCAGCAUCUACAAAAACUGCAAGAACAAUGACUCCUUGUGGAACACCCUGCAGCUGGGUGACUCUCUUGAUGAAAUGUUCAACAUCAGCCAGUACACACAAGACAUUGAUUCCACUUUGAAAGAAUUAAACUUCAACGUGACUGUUCCAGAGUUUCUGAAAAAAGACCAGAUGGAUUCCCUGACUGAACUGGCCAUACAGUUUGAAUCUCUGAAUCUGGACUUCACUGAUGCUCUGCAACAAAUCAACCACAACUUGACACAGAACAGUUUGUCUGUGUUUGCUGAGCAGCUAGACAACCUGGCAGAUCGGACAAGUCAAACGGGACGCAGUGAUAUUAGUAGAGAACUGCAAGAUGAGUCCAGAAGAUUAAAAGAGAUCCAGUCAUGGACCAAAUCCAAUUUUUCUACAGAAAUUCAAAACCUGAAUGGCAGUAUCUGGCAGUUACGCACAUCUGUUUCUCAGAUCCGGGAGCUGCUGAAUUCCUCACUGAAACAAGUAGAAGCGGCUAACCAAUUGAUCAAGCAGGAUUUAAAGGAAGUUAUAAACAAUGCAACCUUGGAUUUUGUGAAUGCUGUGCUGGGUUAUUUUCAGGUGUAUCUGGAUUGGGUCAAAGUUACUAUAACUGGAGAAGUGGCGCGCUGUGGCCCUGCAGCCUGGACAUUGGAUGCUGCAAAUACCAUUGUCUGCAACUACAUUGUUAAUGCCUGGAACGCUUUCUGGUUCAGUUUGGGCUGGUGCACCAUAUUCCUGCUGCCGAGUGUCAUCUUGGCUGUGCGGCUUGCCAAAUUUUACCGCAGGAUGCACAUGGAUGACAUCUACGAGGACAAUGGGGAAACCAUGGAAUUAUCAAGGCCACCAAAAGUGUUCACAAUGCCCCGGCCACAGCUGAGAAAAUAGUGGCCCCUUUCUCACCCAUCUACCUCUGAGUUGCACUGAGGGCGACACUGAAUUGUGCACUAUCCCUUGACUUCUCUUUCCAAUGUGAACCAUGAUAGACAGCAUCUAGCAGCAUUUCUUCCUGGUGGAGACAUCACUGGAUUGUCUGCACAGGACAACAUUGUGGCAAACUCACAACCCCAGUUGCUGUUACACAAGCGUCCAGCCGAGCUGUGUUCCUUAUAAUCUUGUGUACUCAACUCAUUUUUACCGUGAAUACUAUGGUUGCAGUCCUUGCACUUUGUUGCUGCUGCAGUGCUCUCAAGACUGCAGUUUCUUGUGCUGCAGCUUGGAUGAAGAUGGACCAGGGCGGGCCUUGCUGAUCCUUUGGAUUCAGUGUCUGCUGUGUUUAAUAUGCCUUAUGAGGCUGGAACUUUGGGUGACUCAAGGCGCUCCUGCUGCAAUUACUUCAAUCAGAAAUCCUGACAUAGACCUCCUUGUGAGGCAAUUAAUGCCAAUGAAGCUGGAUUUGUGUGACAAGACAAUGGAUAAUUAAAAUGAAGGUCCCUCAAUCACAUUCUUUACAGGAAAUAAUCUACUGAACAACUGUUGCCUACAGUAAUUUACUUUCUGUUGAGUAGAAUGCUGCAGGCUGUUGGUAUUGUUAAAUUUACAGAGACAGUGUAUGCUCUAGGUCUGUUAACAUUUCAGAGAUACAUGAAUAAUUUAUUUUGAGUGAUUAUAAUUAUACACUGUUACAUUCUUAAGAAUGAAGUGCCUUGCUGGUCUUACCUCCUUCCGACCUCUGUGUUAGUAGGUAGACCAGAACUGUUUUUUUUUUGUUGGCAUUAGAUAAACUCCCAUAUUAAUCCAUGCUUGUACUGCUCUUUGUAUCAGCAGUACAUUUCCUAAUACAGCCUGUUGCUGUUCUAGUA